UCCAGCUGGUUCGCAUAUCUCCUUGUACUCAUAUUCAAUAUACAUUGUUCUUGCAAAUCUCCAUGUAAUCAAAAUCACAGACGCAAGCAAUUCAAUCAUUGUACUAUUGUAACACUACUCUACUAUAUAUCAAAAUUCUAUAAUCUCUUACCAUGGCUCUGGAACUUGUUGCUGGACCUUUAAUGGGAGCUGUUUUCAACGUGUUGCUUGAAAGGAUAGCUUCUGCCGAGGUUGUCAACUUCUUCAAGAACAAAAACUGUGACAAGUUGCUCAAAAGGUUGAAGAUCAUCUUGUUGUCAGUGAAUGCUGUGCUCACCGAUGCUGAGGAGAAGCAAAUGAAAAAUGAAGCAGUGAAGGAGUGGCUUGAGGAACUCAAAGAUGUGGCCUUUGCUGCUGAGGACCUACUUGAUGAGAUCUUCACUGAUGCAAAAAUCAAGGCAAAAGAGGUAAACACACUCCACUCCACUCCUAUGAGUUUUUAUGAUAAAGGGGUUGAAGAGAAAAUUGAAGAUGUUCAUGAGAGAUUAGAGUUUAUUAUAAGACAGAAAGAAGUGCUUGAUCUCAAGGUGGGUAAGGAAGUCAAAAUGGCACACAAGACACCAACUUCAUCUGUGAUGGAAGCAUCUGAUGUGUAUGGAAGGGAUAGUGAUAAAGAAGCCUUAGUGAACUUGGUGUUGUCACAUGAUGAAAACAUAGGUGUUAUUCCCAUUGUUGGAAUGGGAGGAAUUGGAAAAACCACCUUAGCUCAACUGAUAUUCAAUGAUCACAGAGUGCAGAAGGAGUUUGAUCUCAAGGCCUGGAUUUACGUCUCUGAAGAAUUUGACAUUUAUAAGAUUACAAAAAACCUUUUGGAGGUUCUCACAUGUCGUAGUUGUGAUAUCGAGGAUUUGAAUUUUCUCCAGAGGGAUCUCAAAAUGUAUAUGAUGAAGAGAAAGUUUUUGUUUGUGCUGGAUGACGUGUGGAACGAAAAUUAUGAAAUUUGGGACAAGUUCAGGAAUCCAUUUAAACAUGCACGGGCACAUGGAAGUAAGAUUAUUGUAACUACUCGAAGUGGGUGUGUUGCAUCCAUCAUGCAGACUAUUUCACCUUAUAAUCUCAGUGAGUUGUCCAAUGAAGAUUCCUGGAAUUUAUUUUCAAAACAUGCAUUUGAUUAUGGCAAUUCAUGUUUGCAUCAAAGUCUAGACAAAGUUGGGAAAGAAAUUGUUAGAAAGUGCAAAGGAUUGCCUUUGGCUGUGAAGACACUUGGAGGUCUUUUGAGGUCUAAAAGUGAAAGGCAUGAAUGGUAUAAAGUAUUGAACAGUGAGAUAUGGGAUCUGCAAGAUUCUCAGAGUAACAUUCUUCCAGCUUUGAGAUUGAGCUACCAUUAUCUCCCUUCCCAUUUGAAGAGAUGCUUUGCUUAUUGUGCAAUUUUCCCAAAAGAUUAUGAAUUUGAAAAGGAGAACCUGAUUUUGUUGUGGAUGGCUGAGGGUUUUCUCCAAUUAUCAAAAAGGCAUAGAAGAAUUGAAGAGGUCGGAAAUGAGUACUUUUGUGAACUAGUAUCUAGAUCAUUUUUCCAGCAAUCAAGGCGCAGCAAGUCAUGUUUUCUAAUGCAUCAACUUGUAAAUGACUUGGCUCAAUUUGUAUCAGGAUCAUUUUCUGUCAGAAUGGAAGGUAACAAUUCUAAUGAAAUCAAAGAAAGAACUCGCCACUUGUCCCAUAUUAUUGCUGAUAGUUCCUCAUAUGUAAACCUGAAAGAUGUCAGCAAAGCAAAUUGCCUACGCACUUUUAUGCAAAUAAGACCAAUAGGUACAUCCAUUGACUUGUUCAACAACAUGCCAAAUGAUCUUUUAUCAAAGUUAAGGUCCUUAAGGGUGUUAUCUUUGGUAGGUACACCUAUCUAUAGUUUACCUGACUCAAUAGGUAAACUAAAACAUCUGCGCUAUUUAGAAGUGGCUGACACUGAGAUCAUGAGGUUACCUGAAUCCAUCUGCAGCUUGUACAAUUUACAAACUCUCAAGUUAGUUGGAUGUCACAAGCUUAUUGAACUGCCUACAGGUAUUCAUAAGCUUGUUAACUUGCGCUAUUUGGAUAUUACAGGAACUUUUUUAAGGUGGAUGCCAUUGCAGAUGAAUGAACUAACAAGCCUCCAAAAUUUGAGUGACUUUUUUGUGGGAAAGGAACACGGAUCUUCCAUCGGUGAAUUAGGCGAGCUUUCGAGUUUACAUGGAGAAUUGUUCAUUCAUAACAUUGAACAUGUUAACUAUAAGGAUUGUGAAAAGGCAAAGUUGAAGGAAAAGCAUGGUCUUGAAAAGUUGUCUUUGGAAUGGUGUGGAAAUGGUGAUACUGAUAACUCUCAGCAAGAAAAGAACAUAUUGAACAGCCUGCAACCACCUACAAAUUUGAAGGAGCUUGAUAUCUAUGACUAUCCAGGCACAGAAUUUCCACAUUGGUUGGGGGAUCACUACAACUUGGUGUCUUUACAGCUUAAGGGUUGUAAAUAUUGCUACAAAUUGCCUCCACUUGGACAACUUCCAAUGCUGAAAGAGCUUCAGAUUAGUAAAUUUGAGGGACUAGUGAGUGUUGGAGCUGAGUUUCUUGGAAAUAGAACCUCUUCUGCAACUGAUAGCUUUCCUGCACUAGAAAUUCUGAGGAUUGAGUAUAUGUCAGCAUGGGAGAAAUGGUAUCCUGAUGCUGAAAAUGCAGGCAGCAGAGCUUUCUGUCAUCUUAGAGAGCUUCACAUUGAAAACUGUCCCAAACUGAGAGGAGAUUUACCAGGAAACCUUCCAUCUUUGACAUUACUUGUAAUCAGAGAUUGUAAACGUUUGAUUUGUUCGCUUCCUAAUGCUGCGGGUCUUCGCGUGUUGAACAUUCAGAAUUGUGAGAAUCUAGAGUUGCCAGUACAUGCACCUUGGUGCCACCAAUCACUGACAUCAUUGUUCUUGCAUGGUAGUUGUGACUCACUCAUGUUCUUGCCUUUGGAUCUCUUCCCCAACCUUAAGUCCCUGGAUAUUUGGGGAUGUAAAAAUCUUGAAGCACUUACAGUUUCAGCAUCAGAUGCAAGUGCAACCCCUCAAAAUUUCAGUUCUCUCCAUUCCUUGUGCAUAAGGCAUUGUCCAAAUUUCACAUCAUUUCCCAAGGGUGGACUUGCAGCCCCUAAGCUCACUUUGUUAACCAUCAACUAUUGUGACAAGUUGAACUCUCUGCCUGAACAAAUGCAUGACCUCAUGCCAAGCUUGAAGGAAGUUCAAUUGAGGGGCUGUCCCAAAAUUAAGUCAUUAACUGAGAGGCCACUCAGGAUCCGGAUUUGCAGCAAACUCAUGGAAGGGAAACAGAACCACUCUGAUCCUCUCUUUGCAAGUUUGCAGGGCUUGGCCACUGAUCAAAGCCCCUCAUCAAGUUAGUCACACCACCCGGGUUCAAUGCAUUCAAUGUAAGCAACCACAAGCCACUAGAUGAAACAAAUUUGUAGGAAAGUGUGCCUUGAGGGUAAUCAUAAAUCAUCACCAGUUAGAUGAUUAGCAAUGAUUUUGACGAGUCAUAGCUUGUUUCUAUUAGAAUUAUAGUAUAAAACCAUUCGCCUAUCUUCACUUAAUAACUAUAGCUUUUAGAAUAGUUGCUUCAUAACAUUAGGUCUGAUUGAUUGGAUAAACUUCUUCAAAAGUACUCUUAGUAAAAAAAAAUAAGAAAAUAAAUUAAAAUAAUUUUUUUCAUAAACUAAAAUUAGUUUAUAUAUAAGUUAAAAGUAAUAUUUGAAAGAGCUAAUACAAGAUAACUUCUGCACAUUAAGCUUAUGCAAUAGACAAUUUUAGUUUAUAAAGAAAUUUGUUUUAUUUUUUUUUUCUCCUUAUUUUUCUCUCCUAAAAGGGCGUCUAGAGAAAUUUACCCAAAUAACCUUUAGGACAACAAAGAGCUUAGAGGAGCUGAAGCAGGUCUUUGAAAGUUCUAAAACUGUAAAAUGAGAACGUCCAAGUAAAUAUCAUCACUUUUUUAUGGUCAGACAACAGAAGCAAUCUCCCAUAUGCAAGGGAAUUUUCCUUUGUUUUCCUACUUAUCAAUAAUAGAAUAAAUAAACUACUAGUAUUGAAAUUUUGUUCUCGCU